AUGGAUUUUCCUCAGCCAAAUGAACUUUUCUUAUUGGAACAUAAUUAUGCAUUACCCCGCUUGGAAAAUGUUGAAGAUGUUGAGCAUGCUGAAAGGCAAAGACAACAUCAUCUUGAAAUUGUACGACGAAGGAGGGCCAAUGAAUCUUUGCAACAGGCCCAAAAGCGUAGAGCAGCAGAUGCUCUACGCCAAAAUGCAAGACGAGCAGUAGAAAAUGUUGCAGAUGCAAAUGCACGACAGCAUGCUGAUGCACAACGUCAUCGUGCGAAUAGAGAAAAUGAAUUACCUCAGCAAGCUGCAGUAAGACGCAGGGCAGAUGUUUUGCGUCAUCGAGUAGCUAGGGCUCCACGUUUACUAAAUUUAGCUAGGAUUAACAAUGUUUUGCCUCCUACACAUUCUGCAGGUGAGUUUACUAUUGUGUGUGAGCAUUGUCGAGCUAUUAAAUUUAAUAAUGAAAAUCAUUUUAAGUGUUGUCACAAUGGCAAAGUGGCCCUGCCUGCUAUAUUACAAUUUCCUGCUGAAAUACGUGAAUUGUUAAGCAACGACUCUGCCCAAGCUAAACAGUUUCCAAACAUUCGACCACCACCAGGUCGUGGACCCCCCUGUUUUAGAAUAUGUGGUCAAUUAUUUCACAGGUAUGGUGCUUUAUUACCUGCUCAGAAUGAAGUACCUAAUUUUAGCCAAUUGUAUAUUGUAGAAGCUGCAGCUGCCUUAAACAUGCGUAUUGAGAAUCCAACACAUGCUCAUUGUAAUCGCGAAACAAUGCAGAUAAUUCAAGAUGUUCUUAACAGGGAUUCUCCAUAUGCUGCAGCUUAUAGAAAUAUGGCUGCAGUGGAACGUGAAGAAACAGCCAGAGCAGCUGCGGAAAACAGACAGCCUUCUGUUGUAAGUAUGGUAAUGCGCGAGGGUAAUGAUCGCAGAAGGUAUAAUGCACCCUUGCAUCAGGAAGUUGCUGCCAUCUUUGUUGGUAAUGAUGGAGCACCUCCUGCUGCAAGAGAUAUUGUUGUUUAUCCACGUAAUCAACCUUUGCGGCAAAUCCCUCAUAUAUCAUGCAAUAUUGAUCCUAUGAUGUAUCCCAUUUUAUUUCCACGUGGUGAGCCGGGUUGGGACCCAAAUAUGGCCCAUGUCAGGGAGCAUGCAACUGGAGUUAGAAAUAGGCUAACCCAGUUGGAAUAUUAUAUUUACCGCAUUGCUAUUAGGCGAGAAUUUUCUGCCCUUCAUCUAGCAGGCAAAUUGUUUCAGCAAUUUUUAGUAGAUGCAUAUGUUAAAGUUGAAGGCCAACGGCUUGCAUUUAUUCGCCGAAAUCAAAACCAGCUUCGAGCAGAGUCCUACCAAGGACUUCUGGAUUACCUCCAAAAUGCUGCAGAUCAACGUAACUUACAAGCAGGUAAUGUUGUUGUCUUGCCUUCCACCUUUUCUGACUCACCCCGUAACAUGCAUCAGUUGUACCUUGAUGCAAUGGCAUUGGUUUCAAAGAAGGGUAAGCCAGAUUUGUUCUUGACUUUUACUUGCAAUCCAAAAUGGCCAGAAAUUGUUACUUAUUUGUUACCUGGUCAAUCUGCUUCUGAUAGACCGGAUGUGGUUGCAAGGGUUUUUAAAUUAAAAUUACUAGCUUUGAAAAAAGAUUUAAAAGACGGUGUAUUGGGUGUUCUGUGUGCACAUGUAGAUGUUAUUGAAUUUCAGAAAAGAGGUUUACCGCAUGUUCAUAUGCUUUUACAUCUACACAAUGAGUUUAAAUUACGAAAUGCUGAUGAUAUUGACUCAUUAAUUUGUGCACAGAUUCCGGAUCAAAACCAAGAUGCUGAAUUGCAUGAUAUAAUAAAGUCAUGUAUGAUCCAUGGGCCAUGUGGCCACCUUAAUAAUACAUCUCCGUGCAUGAAAGAGGGUGAGUGUACUAAGCAUUUUCCUAAGCAGUUUAAUGACGGAACUGUUAUAAAUGUUGAUGGUUAUCCCAUGUACCAUCGCCCUGAUAAUGGAAGAACGGUAAGAAUUCGAAACUUAGAUGUUGAUAAUAGGUGGGUUGUGCCUUAUAACCCUUUCCUAUGUAAAAAAUAUAUGGCACAUAUAAACUUGGAAGCGUGUGUGUCAAUUAAAAGUGUUAAGUAUUUGUAUAAAUAUAUUUACAAAGGUUAUGAUACUGCACACAUAGAAAUCAAUGAGCGGAUCGAUCAUGAUGAAGUAACAACAUUCUUAGAUGCCAGAUAUGUGUCUGCACCUGAAGCAACUUGGCGUCUCUGUGAAUUUCCUAUGCAUACUCAGAGUCAUUCCAUCAUAAGACUUCCUGUUCACCUUCCAAAUCACCAACAAGUGUUUUUUAGGGAAGGCAACGAGGCUGUUGCUGCUGACAGGGCUGAAAAUUCUAAGACGAUGUUAACAGCCUGGUUUCAAUUAAAUCAGCAGGACCAGCAUGCGCAACGACUUUUUUACACUGAAAUACCUUACCACUUUGUUUUUCGGAAUACACAACAACAAAAACGGUGGGUAGUUAGGCAACGCGGUGCUGAAAAGAUAGUAAGUAGAAUGUAUAAUGCCAGUAUCCGCGAAGGUGAAAGGUAUUUUUUGCGCGUCCUUCUAUUGCAUGUCCCUGGUGCUACGUCUUUUGACGACUUAAGACAUUUCGAAGAAAAUAUUUAUGCUUCUUUUAGGGAUGCAUGCUUAGCACGAGGAUUGUUAGCUGAUGAUAAUCUUUGGAUUCGCACCAUGAACGAGUUAGUGGAAUAUGCUUCUCCAUCUAAAAUGAGAAAAGCGUUUUCUUUUAUGUUGAUUCACGGUGAACCGAAUAACCCACAUGAAUUGUGGGAAACCUUUCGUGCUGCUAUGAUGGAGGAUUACUUACGUCACCACCCUGAAGUACAGGCAGAACAAAUGGUGCUAGGUAAAAUUAAAGGGGUUAUUCAGCAAUUUGGUAAGCGUCUUACUGAUUUUGGUCUUCCUGCUUUACAGGAAGCUUUGCUUGAUGAUUUGCCAAAUGCUGAAGAAAUGAGGCAGGAGGCUGUAAAUAUCAGGCCUUUGUUAAAUGCUGAGCAGGUUCAUGUAGCUGAUUCUAUUAUAAAUGCCGUCACCAAUAGUAACAUUAAUGUUGCCAAUAUUUUCUUCCUAGAUGGGCCAGGUGGCACGGGUAAAACUUUUACAUAUAAUUAUAUUAUUAAGGAAGUUAUUGCGAGAAAUCUGUGUGUUGCUACUUGUGCCUGGACAGGUAUUGCUGCCACAUUAUUGCAGAAUGGUAAGACUGUCCACUCUCUUUUCAAGUUACCAGUCCCUGUUUUAGACGGCUGUACAUGUAAUAUCAAACCCAAUAGUGAUCAUGCAGCAUUUUUAAGAAGACAGGUCAUCAUUAUAUUUGAUGAAGCCAGCAUGAUACCUAAAUAUGCUUUGGAAGCUAUUGACAGAAUGUUUAGGGAUAUAUGUAAUAGUGAAAUUCCCUUUGCAGGUAAAGUUAUUCUUCUGGGAGGAGAUUUCCGUCAAGUACUCCCUGUUGUCAGAAGAGCCGGACCUGCACAAAUUGUAGAAGUUUGUUUGAAAAGCUCAGAACUCUGGCACUUGACUCGAAUUUUCCACCUCCACACGAACAUGAGAGCUGGAGAAGGAGAGCAAGUCUUUGCUGAAUUUCUUUUAAACCUUGGUAGUGGUCGGGUGCCACAAAAACCAGAUGAUCCAAAUCAAGGUUGUAUUGAAAUUCCCCAUGAAUGUGUUCUGCAACCUAAUGAAAAUAUUGUUACUUCUAUCUUUAGUGAAUUAGAUGAUGUGGAAUUUUCACGUUGUGUCAUCUUAACCCCAACAAACGAAGAAGCGUUGGAAAUAAAUGAACAAAUUUUGAAUCAAAUUCCUGGUGAUACCCGUACAUAUUACAGUAUCGACUCUGUUGUUUCGGAUGAUCAAGAAGAAAUUGAUUUAUAUCCCAUGGAGUUUAUUAAUUCCUUAACUCCAAGUGGUAUGCCACCACACCAAUUAAAUGUCAAAGUUGGAUCUGUUGUAAUGUUGUUGAGAAAUCUGUCCCUUAAAGACGGUCUUUGUAAUGGUACAAGGUUAAUGGUUCGUAAUCUGCGUGCAAAUGUUAUCGAUUGUGAAAUUCUUACCGGUAUUCGUAGAGGUGAUCGUGUGUUAAUUCCGAGAGUGUCCCUCUGUCCAAAUGAUACAAAUCUACCCUUUCAAAUUAAACGCACCCAGUUUCCUUUAAGAUUGUCUUACGCAUUGACUAUAAAUAAAAGUCAAGACCAAACUUUUGAGAAAGUUGGUAUAUUUUUACGUAGACCUUGCUUUAGUCAUGGCCAACUUUAUGUUGCAUUUUCACGUGCUCGGUCAUUUCAAGCAGUUAAAGUACAGGUUGUUAAUACUUUUAAGCAAGGUUAUGUAGGAGAUAGGUGUUUUACAAAAAAUAUUGUUUUUCCACAAGUGUUCUCAUGCCUUAAUAGGUGGGGUGCGAAAUCCAAUGGCUUACCUUCUCGAGGCAAACUAAAAAUGUCACGAUUUGAAAAGUUUUUAAGUGAAAACACUGCUGCUUCAGCAGGAGUAUCGUCUGCAGGCGAAUCAACAACAACAACAACAGCAAGUACAACAUCAGUAACAGAAUCACUAGCAACAGCAGUUACAACAGCAACAUUUGCAACAACAACAACAACAGCAACAACGACAACAACAGCUGCAUCAAGUCAAGAAAACCUUAGUAAUGAUCUUUCUUACAAAGCAUACCUACGGUAUCGUAGAAGAAACCCAGGGCCCAGGUCAAGGGCGUCAUACCUUGUGUGGCGUCGCCUCGGGGGCAGGGACCGCGAGGGCUUCCGCUGGCAGGAGCGGCCUGGGCAACCUACUCACGAAGAAGGGGCGAAAUCGAUCCUGAUACAACAGGGGUACAGUUAUAGUACGGUUAUAGUUAUUUUAGUUCGCUUUUUUCAUAAUAUAGAGACUGGCUACAAUGAGGUUAAAGAUUAUCCAAUACUUUAUUCUUUGGAUAACCUUUUGGCUAAACUGAUACCCCUGUGGGAAGCAGCUAAUACGAACAUCAUAAAUGUUCGGGGGACCAGCAAGCCUGAACCUAUCAAUUUUGUAACAGCUGCCAGGGUUUAUUCUGCUUUGUUUACACAACAACUGCCAUCAUUUGUUGUGGAAAUCACAUCGAAUGAUACGCAGGUCAGCCAAGUACUAACGUAUGAUUCUUGGUACUUAUUAAUCAUCCCAGAUACUAACGUAUUAUCCUCGGCACCUAUUAUCAUCCUCGGCACUUAUUAUCACCCUCGGUACCUAUUAUCACCCUCGGUACCUAUUGUCACCCUCGGUACCUAUUUUCAUCCUCGGUACCUAUUAUCAUGCUCGGUACUAACUUAUCAUCAUCCGUACUUGUUUAUUAUCCUGAUGUAUCAUCCUUGA